GAUUCUGAUUGGUCAUUAAAUGAUUUGCCGCGUCACAUGACUUACAAAAGAAAAUCAUGGCCGCCCGGAUGCACAACACUAAUUUGACAGAUGACCAGGAUUGUAUUCUAGAGCCACUUUGUUUCCCUGAUCACCUGAGUGCUAGCGUUUGUCCCUCCAGUGAUGUCCAUCCACUGACCUGUAUGCUGUGUCCAGACACUUUUUCUUCCUCUGAGAAAGAUCAACUUCUCAAGCACAUGGUGUUGGAUCACAAACUGGUUAUUUCUGAUGUCAAACUCAUUGCAGAUUUCCCACGGUAUGUCUUGUAUUGGAAGAAAAGAUUUACAGAACAGCCCAUCACAGAUUUUUGCAGUGUUAUUAAGACAAACUCCGAAGGUCCUGUAGAACAACAAGAGCAUUAUUUCCUAUUAUGUGAUGCACUGCCAGAGGACAGAAUCCUUAGGGAGCAGCUACAACAGAGACGACUGGAGGACGUUUUGGACCAGCAGCAAAAAGAGAGAGAAGAUACAACCUUUCAUCGCACCUGUAUGUUUUGUAAUGAAGAAUUUACAGGAAACAGGUCUUUACUCCUCAACCACAUGGCCAAAGAGCACUCUUUCAGUAUUGGUCUGCCUGAUAACAUUGUAUACUGUACUAAGUUUCUUGAUACUCUUGAGUGGAAAUUGGAGAAUAUGCAGUGUCUAUACUGUGAGAAAACAUUCAGGGACAAAACAACGUUGAAAGAUCACAUGAGAAAGAAACAACAUCGUCGAAUCAAUGCCAGAAACCAUGACUACGAUCGCUUCUACGUCAUCAAUUACCUGGAGUUGGGGAAGACCUGGGAGGAGGUCCAGUCUGAAGAUGACAGAGAUUUGCUUGAAGAUGAGGAUGAUGAUUGGUCAGAUUGGCAGGCUCACCCCGUGUGUGCUGUGUGUCUGUUUUGUGAACAGCAGGCGGAUACGAUGGACAAAUUAUACACGCACAUGAAGGAAAGUCAUGAAUUUGACUUGCAAAAAUUAAAACUGGAUCUAAACCUAAAGUUUUACCAGCAGGUCAAAUUGGUGAAUUACAUCCGUCGUGAGCUACACCAGUGUCGCUGCUACGGCUGCCAGGAGAAAUUUGUAACAAAAGAGGAACUGGUUCAACACCUUGUUAACACGGGCCAUGCGAUGCAACUACCUGAGGUCUCACAUUGGGACCAACCACAAUACUACUUUCCUACAUAUGAGAAUGAUGCUCUUCUUACGGCUCUGUCAGAUAGCGAGAGCGAAUCUGAGGGUCCAAAACACAGCUGUGACGUCCCAGUUAUAGCAGAAGAUAUCUCGAACCUAAAGCUCUUAAAACAGACAAGCGUGCUUAAUAAACUUCUCAAAGACAAAGGCAGCUCCAGCUGAAGAUCAGUGAUGGUGGUGCAACUUUAAGUGUUUUGCUGCUUUGAGACUAACGGUGUUUCUUGUGUCAUGACAAUUGCAGCUAUACAAAUAAACAUUAUUUAUUUA